AUGCUCUGGCCGAGUUCCCCCUUUGCCGAGGAUAUGAUAUGGGAGGCCCUGGGCCGCUCCACGCAGUUUGCGCAUCCCAAGCCCGGCCGGGGAGGAGCGCGACACGGCUGCCGCCAGCACCGAGCGCGGGCACUGCACAUGGACAUGCCGUACCUGCAGGAGGCCCAGGAGCUUUACCAGCGGUUCUCCGACGCGUUCCAGGUUAUGACUGAGAUUGAGACCACUGUCGAGUCGGAGGACGAUUCCUAUCGGGCCGAGCCGAGACCAGGAGGUGUUCCGCAGGUCUUGCAAAGUUUCGAUCCUCUGGGCCACUACCAGAUCCUGCCUGGCGAUUUCUUGAUGACACAUCCAAUUUCCUGCAUCGCCGAGCCUGUGUUCGACCAGGCCGUGGUCAUACUCCACACCAACUCGGACCAUCCGCUUACCGAUUCAGGAGUUGUGCGUGGCUUAGUGCUCAACAAGCGGCUCAACACGACUUUCAAGCAGCUGCUAGAGCGUGCACAGGAUCCUCAGGACAAGAAGUGGGCCGAAAAACUUAGUGAGAUUCCCGCCGCCGCAGAGCUGCGUGUCUUUCGUGGCGGCCCUGUCAUUGUCGGAAGCUCACUACAAGCCAAUAUCGAUUGGGUGCACAGCUUCCCGGAUGUCUCAGAGGCUCAGCAGGUCGCCCGGGGGGUUUGGUUCGGUGGGAAGAUCGAGGAAGUCCUGGAGAGAGCCGCGGCCUGCGAGCGCGAGGAGCCGCCUUUGCGCAUCAUGCUCGGCUACGCAGCGUGGUCAACGCAACAGCUGCAGAUCGAGCUUGAAUGCGGAGUGUGGUGCCGCGCCAGAGCGCCACAAGACGACGUUCCGCUCAAAGGAGGGGAAGACGAAUCCAGUGUCUCUGCGAAGCUAUGUUUCGACGAAGACGGUGCAGAGGCUUGGAGAACAGCACUGUUUCAAUCCGGCCAAGAUCUUCUGGCUCAGUUCCCUCGAGCACCAGGUGUCGAUGCACGCAUCCGUGGCCACAUGAAGCGGUUUGAGCAGCAAAACCGCUCAAAAAGCUGA